UUAGGGUUUCAGUUCGGGCAGUAUGUUUUCUUGCUUCAUGACCAUCGCCAUGGCUUCUCCUCACGCUUGAUCCAUGCUCCAUUUGCUGCUGCCCGUCUUAUAUGGGGAUUCUGUAGUUCCUUAAUCCUAAAUUACACGCCUCUUGUUUUUUCGGCCCUCGGUUUUGAGCCUCAUGAAAAGAAAUUCCAGGGUUUAUCAACAGGAUUUUUCUUUCUCGAUCGUUUGGAAUUUUUCUCACAGGCGGUUUCAUUUCUGAGUUUCUUUUGGAUUCUUCUUGCAAUGCUAUAUACAGUGCCUUUUUUGAAAUAAAUUACGGCCUAUUUUGGUUCAAUUUUGUUGGAAGUCCGGGGAGAAGUGAAGUUCCGCUCCUUCUAUUCGCGGGAAAAGAGUUGUUUGCGAAGAGAUUGGUGUUUUGAACGAGAAAAACGCAAGCGGAAGGUUCUCCUGCUUGCGAGUGUACGAAAAACGAGGCUCCGUGAGGUUUGAGUUGGACCGAGUGAUAGGGUUUUCAUUCAUUUAAGCAGUACGGGGUUCGUUUUACGAAUAUCUUUGAGAGGGCGUGAUGGUGAGAGUAACAGCAGAUUUGAUUUUGCGCUCGCCUCAAUACUUCAAUGCUGUUCGAGAAAGGGAGCUCGAUCUUCGCGGGAAUAAGAUUGGAGUUAUAGAAAAUCUCGGAGCCACAGAGGAUCAAUACGCGAGCAUUGAUUUAUCCGACAACGAGAUCGUGAAGCUUGAGGGCUUUCCACAUCUGAAACGUCUUACUACUCUGCUUCUGAACAACAAUAGGAUAGCACGCAUCAACCCCAAUAUCGGAGCGGCAUUGCCAAAGCUGGAGACAUUGGUGCUUACAAACAAUCGGCUCUCAAAUCUGGUGGACCUUGACCAUCUCGCGACACUUGGGAAUCUGCUGAAUCUGUGCCUGCUGGAUAACGUUGUGACGAAGAGGCCAAACUACCGGUUGCAUCUGAUACACAAGCUACCCAAGCUCCGACUUCUCGACUUCAAGAAAGUGAAGCUAAAGGAGAGGCAAGAAGCUAAGAAACUAUUUGCAACUGAAAAUGGUGCUCCUGCCAAAGCUCCACCUCCUCCCCCAGCUAAGACUUUUGUACCUGGAGAAAUUCCCAGUGAGGAUUCUCUUGAGGCUACCCCUGUCGAAGUGGAGGAACCUUCUCGAAAAGGACCAACUCCAGAGCAAAUUAUAGCUAUCAAGACCGCUAUUGCAAAUUCUCAGACGCUUGAAGAGGUCGCCAGGCUUGAAAAGGCUCUAAAGCUUGGGCAGUUGCCCUCUGACAUUGUGCUUCCCGGAGAAGAUGGUUCACGAAAAUCUACGACAGAUUCAAACAUUGACGUUCCUCCAAGUACCCAGCAAUCAGAAGAGAUCACGGCAAUGGAGGAGGAAUGAGUGACGGAGAUUCUUGUAGAUGUUGAUGUACGAAGGUCAUGCCCCCUUACGAGCAAACUUCUGUGGGUAGCUAGAUCCACCUCACUUCUCAUUGGGUGAUGUUGGUGCAUCGUCUUGCCGUAGACUGAACCAUGAGUAAUUGUUUGGAUCGAGAUGAUGAGUGUUGAUGAGUGUUGCAUUUUAAACGGAAAAAUGUUCACGGAAGGCUCGCCUCUUUGGUACCUUCGAAUUAUCAGUUGUAGAGACUUAAAAAAAUAGAAGGCAUUAGGAUAAUUAGAGUUGACAUGGGGCUUUUCCCUGCUAGCGGUGUUACUUUAUAUCACUCACUAGCAAUUACAAUACGGUCAAAAGCAUAAUGUCUCUCUAGUUUUUGGUGUACACAUUUCUAAAACACUUCAGCUAGGAUGGUCUCCAUCUCAAGAUAUUCGUUGAUGAUAAUGAUGUAGUUCUCUUUCACACAUUUUCAUCAACUGUCCAUGUUCCAGUAGGGGCUUCUUGUUCACGUAUGCAAUGAGAGCACACGUAAUCUUUCUGAUUGUAGGACACGGAAGAUUGGAGGUAUUUAUUUAAGGUGCAAAGACUGAUUUGGA